AUUUCGCUCUCUCUGCUCUUGGCUUGGGAAUCAUUUCGUUGGAAGAGCCACCACACUUCGCUCGCUCGCCUACUACCACCACAAAAGCCACCAAGAAGAAGAAGAAGGCCGACAUUAUUAUACUCUCCAGUUCGAGACGAGGAUAUUGCACUCGAUUAAUUUAUCCAGCUACAGUUAUACUAUUUGAUAAGCCGGUUGGUUGGGUCGUUUUUUUGACAGUCACUCACCACGCUGUUUUGUCAAAGUUUGUUUCGUUUUUGUGGUCGGAUCUUAUUGGGAAAAGAAAUUCGAAAUUUUAAUAGAGGUUUAUUAUCUGUGAGAAGAAACUUUGCUGGGGGAAAGUGGAGAGAGAAAGUAGAAAUUGAAGAAAGCCGAUUGCCACCAACUUGUUUUCUGUUAGAAUCAGUGAAAAUAAUGGGCCGCCCAAAGAGAUCCGCUGCUCCGGCUGCUGAUGUCGACACGGAAGAGAUGGAAGUUGACAAGGCUGCAGAGAAGGCGCGAAUUGGUCGUGAAAAGGCGAAAAAGAGUUAUAGAGAAGACUCUGCGUCGGAAGAUGAGGCCGUUGCCGCUGCUGCUGUGAUUGAUCCCAAAGAUAAAGACUUUUCCGAUGAAGAUGUCCUCUCCCCGUCUGAAUCUGAAGGAGGGUCUGACUGGGCCGGGGAUAGUUCUGGUAGCGAAUAUGGCAAAAAGUCCAAGAAAACAGUUGCCAAGAAGGGUCGUGGCAGUGUCGGUCGUGGAAGGGGACGAAAGGCAGCUUCACCUGCGAAAGGGAAAGGUCGCGGUCGAGGCCGCCCACCUGCGGCGUCAUCAGCUUCUAAAAAUGGGAAGAAAGCUACGCCAGCGAAACGAGGCCGUGGUGGUGACUCCGAUGAGGAGUCAGAAUCAGACGCUGAAACUUCAGGAAGCGAUUAUGGUAAAAAGAAAAAGCCUGCUGUUUCAAUUUCUCCAAAGAAACGCGGUCCUGCAGCUAAAAAAUCACCUGCUGCUAAAGCAUCUCCAAAACGAAAACGUGGCGCAGCAGCUUCUUCAUCGCCGUCAUCCCCACCAGCUCCACGACGUGUAGGACGAGCCUCUGCGUCCAAAUCCUAUAAAGAAAUGUCCGAAGACGACGACAUUGAAGUUAGUGAUGACGACAAGCCGGUAACAAAGAAAGCCAAGUUGGAACCUAAAGCCAAACCAGCAGCAAAGAAGGCUGAAGCUAAGAAAAAAGCUGCGUCUGCUUCAGAAGAUGAAGAAGACAUCGAGGAUGAUGUUGACGAGUCCAUGGAAGAUGAAGAAGAGGACGAGAAAAAGGCAGAUAAAAAAGUGACCACUGCCAAAAAGAAUGGUUCUUCAACAAAGAAAGAAGUGGAAAAGAAGGACACUACUACUGAAGAAGAGGAUGUCGAAGAAGAGGAAGAAGACGACGAUGAAGGUGAUAAGAAAAAGAAGGAUACAAAAGUUGACAAGAAGGAUAAUGUAGCAGCUGCGGCAGCCAAGAAUCGUAACAACGGACAUACAUCUCCUGAUGAGGAGGAAUCGGGUGAUGAGGAUGAUGUAAAGUUCAAAGAUGAUAAGUCACCCGCAUCCGAAGAAAAUGGUGCGAGCGUGGAGGAUGAUGACGAAGAUAAAGUUGAUAAGCCAGCGCUGAAGAACAAGACAACCACAGACUAUUCGAAAAUUGAUUUCGAAACAGAUAAGAAGACUCCAAAGGGGGACGAAUGGAAUUAUAAGAUUGCGUGUUGGAACAUUGGUGGAAUAAAGUCUUGGUUGGGGAAAAAUGGAUUAGAAUAUUUGGUGAAGGAAGACCCAGACAUUUUAUGUUUGAACGAAGUUCGGUGCGGGGAAAAAACGAAGCCGGAGCAGGUGUCGAAACUUGACAAAUAUCCGCAUCUCUACUGGUCGUUUAAUUCAGAGAGUCCGGGUCAUUCUGGAGUUGCUAUCUUCUCCAAGGAAGAGGCAAAAAGUGUGGAAUACGGACUACCAGAAAAUGAGGCAGAUUCUAGCAGUGAUAAGAAACUAAGGGAGGGAUUCAACAAGGAGGGUCGUCUCAUAACUGUGGAAUUUGACCAAUUCUACUUAAUCAAUGCCUACGUUCCAAAUUCCGGUCGAGCCGAGAAGAGCGAUAAGUACCCGAAAGGUUACCCUCCCAAAGUGGCGAAUGGAGAUCGAUUGAAAUUUGACGAGUUUUUCAGAAACUAUGUCAAAGAAUUGGAAAAGAAGAAAUCUGUCAUCGUUACUGGCGACUUGAAUGUGGCUCAUGCCGAAAUUGAUUUGGCUAACCCAAAAACCAACGACCGUACGGCCGGCUUUACUAAGGAGGAACGUGAUGGGAUGACCAAACUGCUUGAGGAGACGACUUUGUUUGAUUCAUUCCGUGAGUUAUAUCCUGACGCAAAGGGCAAGUACUCCUUCUGGAGCUAUAUGCACAAUGCUCGAGAGAAAAAUACCGGCUGGCGACUCGACUACUUUUUGUUGUCUGAAAAACUUCGCGACUCCCUCUGCGACAACGUCAUGCGGACGGAAGUUUAUGGCUCGGAUCAUUGUCCCAUCGUGUUAUUCAUGCGAAAUUAAUUUCUCCUUCUGCUCCAAAAAAAACUACAAAAAAGAUCAUCCUACAACAACUACCUACCUACUUUUACUAAGUAACUAAACUAAAUUUUAAUUGAAGGUUUACAGAUUACAAAUCACUUUUCUUCGUCAUUAAAAAAUAUCACACCUAGUUAAGUAAAAAGUGAAAUAUGGUACAUUAAUAAUUACUUCGAAUCUAAUUCUUUUUUUCUUGACACGAGCACAAAAAAUACAGAGGAAAUGUGCAAAGUAAUAAUUAAAAUAAUUAAUGCGACGACUUUCUUGUUUUCUUAUCGUAUUUGUGUAUUUGUAAAAGCGUGUAUGCGUAGUAAGACUGAACAAACUGCAGAAUUGCAAAAGGAAUGGUUAUAUAAAUGUAAUUGUAAUAGUUAAGCAACAUUUUUGAACAAUGAUUGAUGAUAAUCACGAGGAUAAUUAAUUCAACUCCAUUUUUCUGUUGCGUUUUUACUAAUUAUGUAUUUAAUUAAAAGUGCUCUGUUAUUUUUAAACGUAUAAUAAUAUAUGUAAGCUUUUACUUUUAUGCAAGUGGUGGCAUGAGGAGAAUGCUAUAAUAAUUAUUAUAUUAGUAGAUACACAAUAUGCAAAUAAAGUGUUUUUGUCUCUA